AUGGCGAAAUUAGCCAUGUCGCCUCUUCUAAAGCUACUUUGUUCUUUGUUUCUAUUCUCCUCUAAUGUCCUCGCCAUUUCGGCCGUUAUAGGCAUUGACCUGGGUACCGAGUAUCUCAAGGCUUCGCUUGUAAAGCCAGGAAUUCCCCUCGACAUUGUCUUGACCAAGGAUUCGCGGCGCAAGGAAACGUCGGCCGUCGCCUUCAAGCCACCACAAAAUGGACCAAAGCCUGGAGAAUACCCUGAGCGGGCCUAUGGCUCCGACGCCAUGGCUCUCGCCCCACGCUUCCCUGGUGACGUCUACCCGAACCUGAAAGCCCUCCUGGGCCUACCUACCGACACGUCGGUCGUCCUCGAGUACGCCGCCCGCCACCCCGCACUGCAGCUCGGCUCGCACAACCUACGGAAGACGGCCACUUUCAAGAGCGCGGGUGCUUUCAGCCCUGAAGAGGAGGCUUGGAUGGUUGAGGAGCUUCUGGCCAUGGAGCUCCAGAGCGUACAAAAGAGCGCAGAGGAGAUGGCCGGUUCGACCGUUCGCUCUGCCGUCAUUACGGUUCCACCCUUCUACACCCUAGAGGAGAGGCGCGCCACUGAGACCGCUGCGGAGCUCGCAGGCCUUCGAGUCCUGUCGCUCAUCAGCGAUGGUCUUGCCGUUGGUCUUCACUACGCCACCAGCCGAACCUUCCCAAACAUCAACCAGGGUGGCAAGGCGGAGCACCACAUGGUUUUCGACAUGGGCGCCGGAUCCACGACCGCCACGGUCCUCAAGAUGCAGAGCCGGCAAGUCAAGGACAUUGGAAAGUUCAACAAGACGGUCCAGGAAGUUCAGGUCAUGGGCAGUGGUUGGGAUCGUACCCUGGGCGGUGACGCUCUGAACUACCUGAUCGUCGAUGACAUGAUAGCCAAGUUCGCCGAGUCGCCGGCUGCCAAGAAGGCCUCGGUCACGAUCCAGGGCGUCAAGGCUCACGGACGUGCCAUUUCGAAACUCACCAAGGAGGCUGAGCGUAUAAGACAUGUUCUCAGCGCCAACUCCAACACCGGCGCAAGCUUUGAGGGCCUCUACGAUGAUGUCGACUUCAAGUACAAGAUCGAACGGGUUGAUUUUGAGAAGAUGGCUGAAGAUCAUGUCGGCCGUGUAUCUGUUGCUGUGAAGACCGCCCUAGAGACAGCUGGUAUCGAUAUUGCAGACCUUGACUCGGUAAUCCUGGCCGGUGGUGCUACGCGUACCCCGUUCGUCCAGCAGGAGCUGGAGAAGCUGUUUGGUGCCGAGAAGCUCCGAGCUAACGUCAACGCCGAUGAGGCCGCCGUAUUUGGUGCUGGUUUCAGGGCGGCUGAAAUCAGCCCCAGCUUCCGUGUCAAGGAGAUCAGGGUCUCGGACGGUGUCUCGUACGCAUCGGGUAUCAAGUACAACAACCACAAGGGCAAGCACACACAGCAGCGUCUCUGGAGCGCUAGGUCGCACCUGGGUGGUCCAGCCAAGGAAAUCACCCUGCCCAACAAGGAAGAUAUGGAAAUUAUAUUCUACCAGCAGGUCCCGCAACUUCCUCCUAUCACCGGUUCAGAUAUCGAUGUACCCACCGCCAAACUCACUACCAAAAAUCUGACGGCUUCCGUUGCCGAGUUGAAGGAGAAGUACUCGUGUGAGCCUAGCGACGUCCAGUUCAAGCUCAGCGUCAAAUUGAGCGGUGAGAAUGGCGAGGUCGAUGUCACCAAGCUCACGGUUCAGUGCGAAACUGAAACUCAGGAGAAGAAGGGCGUCGUCGAUGGGGUCAAGAACCUCUUUGGCUUUGGUAAAAAGGAGGACCAGAAGCCCCUCGGUGGCGAGAACGCCGAUGGAUCCUCGUCCAGCACGGCUUCGUCCAAGGGUUCGGCCAAGUCAGCCAAGUCUUCGGCGUCAACUACGAGCGGAUCCGCCUCCGCCUCGGAAUCCGCAGAGCCCAGCGUUCCCCAGAAGAAGGUUAUUGUGAUUUCUGUGCAAUUCGAGCUUGUCAAGGAUGGUGUCCCGGAGCUUUCCAAGGCAGAGCUCAAGGCCUCCAAAGACCGCCUAAAGGCUUUCGAGGCCUCCGACAAGGCACGUCGCCAGCGCGAGGACGCUCUCAACCAGCUCGAGGGCUUUACCUACAAGGUCAGAGAUCUCCUUGAGAACGAUGACUUUGUGAAGGCUUCUACGCCUGAGGAGCGGACAAAGCUCGAGACACUUAGCAGCGCUGCUAGCGAGUGGAUCUACGACGAUGGCGCCGAUGCGCCCAUGGCUGAGCUCAAGGCAAAACUCAAGGAAUUGACCGAUAUUGUUAACCCGGUUCAACUGAGAAUCGAGGAAACCAAGAAGCGACCCGAGCUUGUCAAGGGCCUACAGGAUGCGCUGAAGCAGACUGAUGAGUUUGUCGAGAACAUCAAGAAGAGCAUCGCCGAGUACGAUGCGUUCAAGUCGGCUGAGGCUGCCUCGUCUUCGUCUACCACUGAGUCGGCUGCGCCUGAGGCGACCCCCAAGGAUGAGUUUGCUGGUCUUGAGGACGAUGAUGCCAAGGCAAAGAAGGACAAAGAGCCUAGCAUGGAGGACUUGAACAAGGAACGUGGCCCAGUUCCACCCAUGUAUAGGCCCGAGGAUCUCACCGAACUCGAGGAACUCAAGGCCAAGAUUGUUCCAUGGCUCGAUGAAAAGCUCAAGGAGCAGUCCAAGCUUGCUGAGACGGCCGACCCAGUCCUUACCAUCAAGGAAUUGACCGAGUGGCGAACCAAGCUGGACAAGGCCGGUAUGGACUUGACGAUGAAGGGCGUCAGGAACUUUGAGAAGAGGAAAAAAGAGGAGGAUGCCAAGAAGAAGAAGGCGCAGAAGAAGGCGAGUGGUGCAAAGUCGGACAAGCCGGUCAAGAUAGAGCUCGGUAAGGACGGCAAAAUGCCAACGCAGGAGGAGCUUGAUGAGCUGCUGAAGCAGUACGCGCCGCCCAAGACAGAGGGUGACGACAAGAAGGCGGAGAAGAAGAGCGAUGACACCAAGAUCAAGCACGAGGAGUUAUAA